AAUGAAUCAGUGCCCAGGAAUACACCAGUCUCCAUUUUCUCAGGUCUGAAGAGGAUGUUAGGCGCCAUGCUUUUUCAUGGGGAAGGACCUGGAGAUAGUGGAGGAAGAAAGCUGUGCCUUCUUUCCUUGCUGCUUGCUGGCUUUUGGGGCUGCGUGAGCUCUCACUGGAACCCGGUGGGGGACAUCUGCACCGCCAAGCCCCGAGACAUUCCAGUGAAUCCCAUGUGCAUUUACCGCCACCCAGAGAAGAAACUUUCUGAAGAUGGGGGCUCGGAGCAGAAGAAAGCCCCAGAGUUGACCAACCCCCGCGUGUGGGAGCUGUCCGAAGCCAAUUCCCGCUUUGCCACGGAGUUGUACAAGCAGCUGGCAGUUUCGAAGGACCCCAAUGAGAACAUCUUCAUGUCGCCUCUCAGCAUCUCCACGGCUUUCGCCAUGACCAAGCUGGGUGCUUGUAACAACACACUCAAGCAACUCAUGGAGGUGUUCAAGUUUGAUACGAUUUCAGAGAAAACAUCAGACCAGAUUCAUUUCUUCUUCGCUAAGCUGAACUGCCGGCUUUAUCGAAAAGCCAAUAAAUCCUCUGAACUGGUGGCAGCCAAUCGCCUCUUUGGAGAAAAGUCUCUCAUCUUCAACGAGACCUACCAGGACAUCAGUGAGGUGGUGUACGGAGCCAAGCUGAAGCCCCUGAACUUCAAGGAAGACCCAGAGCUGUCAAGAAUGACCAUUAAUGACUGGGUUUCAAACAAAACCGAAGGGCUCAUCACUGAUGUCAUUCCCAAGGGUGCCAUCACUGAUUUGACGGUCUUGGUGCUGGUCAACACUAUUUACUUCAAGGGCUGGUGGAAGUCCAAGUUCAGCCAGGAGAACACCAAGGAGGAGCCCUUUUACAAGGCUGACAGGGAGCAGUGCUCGGCCCUCAUGAUGUACCAGGAGAACAAGUUCCGCUACAGUCACGUGAGGGGCAGCAGCCAGGUGGAGGUGCUUGAGCUGCCCUACAAAGGCGAUGACAUCACCAUGGUGCUGAUCCUGCCCAAGCCCGACAAGCCCCUAGACAAGGUGGAGAGGGACCUGACCCCUGACAUACUCCGAGAGUGGCUCGAGAGCCUACAGGAAACCUUGCUGGCAGUUCACGUGCCCCGGUUCCGGAUUGAAGACAACUUCAGUGUGAAGGACAACCUUCAAGAGAUGGGCCUGGAGGAUCUUUUCCACCCGGAACGGGCCGAGCUGCCAGGAAUCAUUGCAGAAGGCCAGGGAGACUUGUUUGUUUCAGAUGCAUUCCAUAAAGCAUUUCUGGAGGUAAACGAGGAAGGCAGCGAAGCUGCCGCGAGCACUUCGGUGGUGAUUUCUGGGCGUUCGCUCAACUUCAACAGGGUGACCUUCAACGCCAAUAGGCCUUUCCUGGUUCUGAUCAGGGAAGUUGCCCUCAAUACCAUCAUUUUCAUGGGCAGAAUAUCCAACCCUUGUAUGAACUGAGGUACUCCCGCUCAUCUGUACCUCUCCCUAGUGUGGUUUGUGGAUACCAAUAAAUAAAAUGUUGACCAUUA